AUGGCCGCAGGAAACCCUUAUACCGUGAAAUGGGGCAUCAUGGCCACCGGCGGAAUUGCAGAGACAUUCUGCAAGGAUCUUCUGUGCGAUCCCAAAGUUCGAGACGCUCAUGAUGUGCGCCACGAGAUUGUUGCCGUCGCCUCCUCUAGCAGCAAGAAGAGGGCGGAUGAGUUUCUCCAGACAAUAGACGGUGCCUUUGACGCCAAGACAUAUGGAUCCUAUCCAGAGCUUGUCGCCGACCCCAAUAUCGACAUCAUCUACGUCGCAACACCUCACAGCCACCAUUUCCAGAACGCCAUGCUGGCGCUGGAAGCCGGCAAGCACGUCUUGUGCGAAAAGGCCUUCACCGUCACGGCCGCUCAGGCCAGAAAGCUCGUGGAGACGGCCAAGGCGAAGAAUCUGUUCUUGAUGGAGGCUGUGUGGACUCGAUAUUUCCCGCUGAGCAUCCAGAUUCGGAAGCGCAUCACGUCGGGCGAGAUUGGUACUGUCUACCGAACAAUUGGCGACUUGUCAUUCAACUCGAAUGCAACUGAAGGCAAGGGCCUCUCGUUUGAUGAUUCUCAUCGCAUGGUCAACGUUGAUCUCGCAGGCGGCGCAAUCCUCGACCUCGGCGUGUAUCCCUUGACCUGGGUAUUCCAAACACUGUACCACCUACAGCCGGAGCAAGACAAGGAGGCACCAACAGUGGUCGCCGCCAGCAACAAGUACACCACCGGUGCGGAUGAAAACACGGCCAUCAUCUGCCAGUUCCCUCGACACAACUCCCUGGGCGUCGCCACAACCACCAUGCGAGCACACUCCGACCCCGAGAACGACGCCGUCCCGGUCAUCCGAAUCCAGGGAUCGGAGGGAGAAAUUCAAGUCUUCUUCCCGGCUUACCGACCCGUCAAGUACAAGGUUGUGAAGAAGAACGGCGAGUCUCAGCUGGUCGACUGCCCCAUCCCCGGGGACCCUGCACGCAAUGGCUGGGGCCACGGCAUGUUCUGGGAGGCAGACGAGUGUGCUCGAUGCCUACGCGACGGCAAGAAGGAGAGCGCCACGCUGCCCUGGACGGAGAGCAUUGUCAUUAUGGAGACGAUGGAGGCGGCGCUGAAGCAGGGUGGGAUUGAAUACCCGGAGCUGAUUACGACUGAUGUGUAUGAUCCAAAGAGCCCGUUGAACACGGGAAACCAAUAA